AUGUCAGUUACAACUGCAAAUGGAUCUACAACUGAAGCAAUUGGAAAAGGAACAGUAGAAUUGAUCGCAGAUGUUCAUGGUCGACAAGAGCAUAUUACCUUAUGCGAUGUUUGGUAUGUUCCCGCAAUAAGACGCAACCUGUUCUCUGUACUCGCCGCACAAGAUAAACUACAAAACAGUGUUUUUACUUCUGAAAGAGAAAUCUGUCAACUGAUAAAUAAUGGAAAAGUAAACUUGAUUGGUACACGUGUUAAAAAUGGAGGUCUCUAUAAGCUUAAAGUCAAAACCAUUAGAAAAUCAACCUCACAAGUAAACACUAUGUCAACACAAAACACUUUACAACUUUAUCAUGAAAGAUUCGCACAUCAGAAUAAAAGACAUGUUAAAAACUUGAUUGAAAGGGAACUUAAUAUCAAAGUCAAACUCGAUUCUGAAUUAUGUACAGGAUGUGUAUACGGUAAGACACAUAGACGCAAAUUUGGAACAAGAGAAAGAGCUAAAGAUGCAGGAAAUAUAAUUCAUAGCGAUGUUUGUGGACCAUUUCCGAACUCAUUCUCAAAAUUACGCUAUUUUGUAUUAUUCAAAGAUGACUACAGCAACUUUCGUCAUGUUUACUUCAUCAAACAUAAGUCUGAAGUGAAAGAUAAACUCCUGCAGAUGAUCAAAGAAACAAAGACGCCUGGUCAUAAUAUCAAAACAAUUAUUAGCGAUAAUGGAGGUGAAUUUAAGAAUGAAGCUCAAUAG